AUGAAGGAUAAAGCAAGAAGUGCUUCACAAUACAUGUGGGUAAAUAAUACUCGGGCAACUUAUCAAGAUUCCAUUACGGUGGUCAUGAAAGGAUAUACCAUUGAGUUGGUGAGAAUUUUGUCAGUGUUUACGACCAUCGACUUGUCAAGGAACUUCUUCGGAGGAGAUUUGAAGCUACUCAAGGGACUCAACCUUUCUCACAACAAUUUGACCGGCAAAAUCCCUUCUUCUGUGGGGAACCUGACGAAUCUUGAGUGGCUGGACCUCUCCUCGAACAAGCUCAACGGGGAGAUCCCUAGAGGAUUAGCGGAUCUUACAAUGCUCUCCUGGUUGAAUCUCUCAAAUAAUCACCUCGAGGGACUGAUUCCUCAAGGCAGGCAAUUCGACACAUUCAACCACCCCUUUGACGGGAAUCCUAGAUUGUGUGGGUAUCCCUUGCCAAAAGCUUGA